ACCUUGCCAAAAAUGGCAAGUUAGUGCAAUUUUAUAUGCAGCAGCUACCUCAAUGACAUAAACGGCAAUCCUUCAAAAAAAAUAAAAGAAAGAAACGACAGUGGAAUCGCAGAUCUGCAUACCUGCCGCAACGACAGGUCGUUCUCUUUUCAAACACUUGACUUUACUACACUCCACUCUGGCAAUCCGUUUGAGAAUAUCGUUAGAUGAACACAAUCAACGGUUCAAACGAUUGGUGUUCAUACGGAUCGUAUGCGUUGACGCGGAUUGAACUUCUCAACCAUUGAUAAUGAUCUAUCCAACGGCAUCACGUUCCCUAAGUUUGGCGCUUUAAAAUUUUGGCGAUUUUUUAAAAUUGAAAUUUUGAAGGGGCUCGCUCCUAAAAUUCCCAAUAAAACCCUAAUCUAGCAGGCUAUUACGGCAUCUUCAUCCCUGCUACUGAACUGAAUAAACAAAGAGGGAAAAUGUCAGGAAGAGGAAAGGGAGGCAAAGGGCUAGGAAAGGGAGGAGCCAAGAGGCACAGGAAGGUUCUGCGGGAUAACAUCCAGGGGAUUACGAAACCGGCAAUUCGUCGGCUGGCUCGUAGAGGAGGCGUGAAGCGUAUCAGUGGUCUCAUUUAUGAAGAGACCAGAGGGGUUCUCAAGAUCUUCCUUGAAAAUGUGAUUCGUGAUGCUGUUACUUACACUGAACACGCAAGAAGAAAGACUGUAACCGCCAUGGAUGUUGUCUAUGCUCUCAAGAGGCAGGGUCGGACGCUCUAUGGCUUUGGCGGUUGACUUAUAUUUUCCCUUUUUUUCUGUUUUUUUUUCUCCAAUUUGUAUUAGAUUUCCUGUUAUGUUUGAUAUAGAUAAUCUCCGUUGGGAAUAUGAAUCAGUCGUACAUGAAGUGAUAGAUCUGAAUCUGCAAUGAACUUUUCUGAAAUUAAGUUAUCUUCUUUCA